AUGCAGUACACACCAUUCAUCUCUGAUAUAGAAAUCCCUUUCUACUCAUCUCUUGCCUCACGGAAGCUGAACCAUGAUAAGCUCGAUGACUCGGCUCGCAAGCUCCUGGGUUUCUAUGAACUCCGGCCGUCCGAUCUACCUCAGGCAUCUUGCCGAAUGCAGAUCAACGGAAAUGCUCUAGUAAUAGACGAGGUCCCUACUGGCUCCUUUAGGGCCGACGGUAUAAUAAAAAACUUCAAUACUGCUGAAGAUUACCAAAAUUCCGACAAGAGCGCACUGCUCCAAGAAGCAGGACAGCGAAUUUGGGACUCGAUAAUGGACGAAACUGUCUAUUCUCAGCCCUCCAUUCUCGCAUCAUUCUUAGCACUUUCGUUUGCAGAUCUCAAGAAGUAUAGGUUUUCAUACUGGUUUGCAUUUCCAGCCAUCCAUUCAAUCCCGCCAUGGUCUUUGGUAAACGCUUCUGAGCCUAAGGACUCUGCUAUCAGAAUAGGCACUUCAUCUCAACCCUCCUUAGAACAGUUGACUAUUGAUGGUAGAAAUGCUUUGGUGACCGCUGUGCAAAAUUGGCGGCACAAGGCAGAUGUAUGCCAACACGGUUUUUUCCUUGCCAAAAGAAGUCAACCCACAGCACUUUCGGGCAAUAAGGAGCAUGGGUUAUCCUGGGUUGUUUCGUCACUUUCUGCUUAUGAGACAGGGUUCUUUCAAGAUUCUGCUACAGAGGAUUGCUUUGUGUGUUUUGCUGAUCCAUCGAAUUAUCGUGAUACUCCCGGCUGGAUGUUAAGGAAUUUACUCAUUCUAAUCCGGUAUAAGUGGAGACUUAAUCGAGUGCGAAUAAUUCGCUACCGUGACAUUCUGGCAACGAACAUGGAAGUCCAGAGCAUCAUUGUUGACUUGAUAUCCGAGUCUGUGGAGAAUGUGAGCAAUGCCGACCUGACAAUGCCAAAGGUCAGUGGAUGGGAGCGAAAUGCUUCCGGCAAGUUAUCUGGUCGUGUAGUGAAUCUUACGGAAUAUAUGGAUCCUCAAAGAUUGGCAGACCAAUCUGUAGAUCUCAAUUUGACACUAAUGAAAUGGAGAAUUAGCCCUGGUCUUGACUUGCAAAAAAUUAAGAAUACUAAAUGCUUGCUUCUCGGCGCAGGAACCCUGGGGUGUUAUGUUGCAAGAUGUCUACUGGCUUGGGGUGUAAAAACAAUCACAUUUGUGGAUAAUGGCUCUGUGUCGUUUUCUAAUCCUGUAAGGCAACCCUUAUUCGCUUUUACCGAUUGCCUGGAUGGCGGUGUCAAGAAAGCCCUACGUGCAGCAGAAUCUCUCCAAGAGAUUUAUCCUGGGGUCUCUUCUACAGGCUAUGUUCUAUCCAUUCCCAUGGCUGGACAUCCUAUGGUAAACCCCGAUCAAGCAAAGACUGAUUACGAAACUUUAAAACGUCUCGUUGACGAACAUGAUGCUGUAUUUCUAUUGAUGGACACUAGAGAAUCUCGCUGGCUCCCUACUGUAAUGGGAAAAGCUGCUGGAAAGGUUGUCAUGAAUGCUGCCUUGGGAUUUGACACCUUCCUCGUUAUGCGUCACGGUGAUUCAAAAGUAGAGCCCAGUCUCGGCUGUUACUUUUGCAACGAUAUUGUAGCACCAGCAAACUCGGCAAAAGCACAGACACUCGACCAACAGUGCACAGUAACAAGACCAGGAGGCUCUAUGAUGGCUUCUUCCCUGUUAGUCGAACUUUUUAUCUCACUCCUCCAACAACCGGAGGGGGUGGCAGCUCCUACUACUUCAGAAAAUGGGGUUGAAUCUCCAAAUCCCUUGGGCAUUGUUCCACAUCAAAUACGAGGGUUUUUAUCUACAUUUUCAUUUAUGAAUGUCACUGGUCGAAGCUAUGAGUUCUGUAGUGCUUGCUCAAAUACCGUUCUUAAUGCAUAUAGAGCACAUGGCUGGGAAUUCGUUCAGAGAGCAAUAAAUGAGAGUGGAUAUAUAGAAGAAGUUAGUGGGUUGAAGGAGGUUCAACGGCAAGCUGAAGAGGCAAUCGCUUCUUUAGAGUUGGAGGACUCUUCCUUUGAAAGUGAUUCGGAUUUGAUUUAA